UUUAACGUCCGUCCUGUCCUCGCCAGGGAAGCUGCGUUACGCCAACAACAGCAACUACAAGAACGACGUCAUGAUCCGAAAGGAGGCUUACGUGCAUAAGAGCGUGAUGGAGGAGCUGAAGAGAAUAAUAGACGACAGUGAAAUCACAAAAGAAGAUGACGCCCUGUGGCCUCCUCCUGACAGAGUGGGUCGACAGGAGCUUGAAAUAGUAAUCGGUGAUGAGCACAUCUCCUUUACCACGUCAAAAAUUGGUUCACUCAUUGAUGUAAAUCAAUCCAAGGAUCCAGAAGGCUUGAGAGUGUUCUACUACCUGGUCCAGGACCUUAAGUGUCUAGUGUUCAGUCUUAUUGGACUACAUUUCAAGAUUAAGCCAAUUUAAAUCAAACAAACUAAAGUUUGUAUUGCAGUGUCUGGGGCGGGGGGAUGCUCUUUCAAUUCCCGUUUCUGGCCUGAAGCUUUGAUAUAUGU